GUCUGCCUUUUACGGCCGCGACUAGCAGGGGGCGCCCGGAGCACUGCUGAUUUUUGGAGCCCGAGAAGGGCACGCGCCAGCGGAGACGAAGAGAGCACUGCUCGUUCUCGCGCCUGGCUGUCAGCGUGCAGCUCUGCGGGGCGGUGCUAGUGCUCGCCCGCCCGCCCCCGGCGGCUCGCGCCCGGGAGCCCCGCAGGGUCGCUGGAGCCGGCCGCGUCCUUUGUGUGGCGCUCAGGCUGCGCCGCGGGGCGGCGGGACGGAAUGUGGGCGCUGCGGGGGCUUUUCUCUUCUACCCGAACUGUGGGAACAAUGGACUGAAAGGGGAACAUGGAUUGAGGGGCCGAGCGGGGAAGCGAGCUGCACCGGGGAAUCAUGACUUCUGCAGCCGAGAUGAAGAAGCCACCAGUGGCCCCCAAGCCCAAGUUUGUUGUGGCAAAUAAUAAGCCAGCUCCACCUCCUAUUGCACCUAAACCUGACAUUGUGAUUUCUAGUGUUCCACAGUCAACAAAGAAAAUGAAACCAGCAAUAGCCCCAAAACCAAAAGUCCUGAAGAGCUCACCUGUUCGAGACAUUGGGCAGUCACCAUCAAGCAAAAUCAUGUUGAACCUGGAAGGGCAUAAACAGGAAUUAGCUGAAAGCACUGACAACUUUAAUUGUAAAUAUGAAGGCGAUCAGAGCAGUGAUUGUAUUUCACCAAUGUGUUCCUGCAGUUCUGAGUGUAUCCAUAAGCUGGGCCACAGAGAGAAUUUGUGUGUAAAGCAGCUUGUUUUAGAGCCCCUGGAAAUGAAUGCAAAUUUAGAAAACAGUAAAAUUGAUGAGACUUUGACUAUAAAAACUAGGAGUAAAUGUGAUUUGUAUGGUGAAAAAGCCAAGAAUCAGGGUGGGGUUGUUUUAAAGGCAAGCAUUUUAGAAGAGAAGCUCAAAGAUGCCUUAAUACACCGAAUGCCACCUUUUAUUUCCGCACAGAAGCACAGGCCCACAGACAGCCCGGAAAUGAAUGGUGGCUGUAAUUCAAAUGGACAAUUCAGAAUUGAAUUUGCAGAUAUGUCACCUUCCCCAUCCAGCUUUGAAAAAGUUCCUGAUCAUCACAGUUGCCACUUACACCUUCCUAGUGAUGAAUGUGAAAAUUUUGAAACUUGCCAGGAUGACAGUGAAAAAAGCAAUAAUUGCUUUCAGUCAUCUGAACUAGAGGCUCUGGAAAAUGGGAAAAGGAGUACUUUUAUAUCUUCAGAUGGAGUUAGUAAGAAAUCAGAAGUCAAAGACCUUGGUCCCUUAGAAAUUCAUUUAGUACCAUAUACCCCAAAAUUUCCAACUCCCAAGCCCAGAAAGACACGAACUGCUCGUCUGUUACGCCAAAAGUGUGUAGCUACUCCUAGUGAAAGCACUGAAGAACCAGGGAAUUCAGACAGUAGCUCUUCCUGUCUUACUGAAAAUAGUUUGAAAAUCAAUAAAAUCAGUGUUCUUCAUCAGAAUGUUUUGUGUAAGCAGGAACAGGUGGAUAAAAUGAAGCUGGGAAAUAAAAGUGAAUUGAAUAUGGAAUCCAACAGUGACACACAGGACUUAGUCAAUUCACAGAAAGCCAUGGGUGAUGAAACAUCUUCCUUUGAAAAAAUGGCACCUUCUUUUGAUACAGACUCUAAUUUGAGUUCUGACAGCACAACUGUAGAUGGUUCUAGUAUGUCACUUGCUGUGGACGAAGGGACCGAUUUUUUAAGAUGUACUCUAUCUAUGAGCCUGCCUAAGCAGCUCAAAUUAACUUGCAAUGAACAUUCGCAAUCUGGGAGAAACCUGGGAGUUUCUGCCCCUCAAAUGCAAAAGGAAUCUGUUAUAAAAGAGGAAAAUUCUCUACGAAUUGUCCCCAAAAAACCUCAAAGACAUAGCUUGCCUGCUACAGGAGUGCUUAAAAAGGCUGCCUCCGAGGAGCUUGUGGAAAAAAGUUCUUAUCCUUCAAGUGAAGAAAAACGUUCAGAGAAGAGUCUAGAAAGAAAUCACCUUCAGCAUUUGUGUGCCCAAAACCGUGGUGUGUCAUCCUCCUUUGAUAUGCCUAAACGGGCUUCAGAAAAGCCAGUGUGGAAGUUACCUCAUCCUAUUUUACCGUUUUCAGGGAACCCAGAAUCCUUAAAAUCUGUCACCGUAUCGUCAAACAGUGAGCCUUCAACAGCCCUAACCAAGCCCAGAGCAAAAUCGUUAUCUGCUAUGGAUGUGGAAAAGUGCACUAAGCCUUGCAAAGACUCUACAAAGAAAAACUCUUUUAAAAAGUUGCUCAGCAUGAAACUGUCCAUCUGUUUCACGAAGAGUGACUUUCAAAAAUUUUGGUCCAAGAGUAGCCAACUCGGAGACACCACCACAGGCCACCUCUCCAGUGGGGAGCAGAAGGGGAUUGAAAGUGAUUGGCAAGGCUUGUUGGUAGGAGAGGAGAAGAGAAGUAAACCCAUCAAGGCAUAUUCCACAGAAAACUAUAGCCUGGAAUCUCAAAAGAAGAGGAAGAAGUCUCGGGGCCAGACCAGUGCAGCUAAUGGUCUGAGAGCUGAGUCUUUGGAUGACCAAAUGCUCUCCCGGGAGUCAUCAUCUCAGGCACCUUACAAGUCUGUUACAAGCCUCUGUGCACCGGAGUAUGAAAAUAUACGCCAUUAUGAGGAAAUACCAGAGUACGAGAACUUGCCAUUUAUUAUGGCUAUACGGAAAACUCAAGAGUUGGAAUGGCAGAAUUCCAGCAGCAUGGAGGACGCUGAUGCAAAUGUGUAUGAGGUAGAAGAGCUGUAUGAAGCUCCAGAUGGCCAGCUGCAACUUGGACCCAGACAUCAGCAUUCCAGUUCAGGAGCAUCCCAGGAGGAACAGAAUGAUCUUGGUCUUGGUGACCUUCCCUCUGAUGAGGAGGAAGUCAUCAACAGUUCUGAUGAAGAUGAUGUCAGCUCUGAGUCAAGUAAAGGAGAGCCUGACCCACUGGAAGAUAAACAGGAUGAAGAUAAUGGAAUGAAAAGUAAAGUUCAUCAUAUUGCCAAGGAGAUCAUGAGCUCAGAGAAAGUGUUUGUGGAUGUGUUAAAACUUUUGCAUAUUGAUUUCCGGGAUGCAGUAGCUCAUGCUUCCAGGCAACUUGGGAAACCAGUGAUUGAGGACCGGAUUCUAAAUCAGAUCCUAUACUACUUGCCUCAGCUGUAUGAGCUCAACCGGGAUCUCCUGAAGGAACUGGAGGAAAGAAUGUUGCACUGGACUGAACAACAAAGAAUUGCUGAUAUCUUUGUAAAGAAGGGACCAUAUCUAAAAAUGUAUUCCACAUACAUCAAAGAAUUUGAUAAGAAUAUAGCCUUGCUGGAUGAACAGUGCAAGAAAAAUCCAGGUUUUGCUGCUGUUGUUAGAGAAUUUGAGAUGAGCCCUCGCUGUGCUAAUCUGGCCCUCAAGCACUACCUGCUCAAGCCGGUUCAGAGGAUCCCCCAGUACAGGCUGUUGCUGACAGAUUAUUUGAAGAAUCUCAUAGAAGAUGCUGGAGAUUACAGAGACACUCAAGAUGCCCUUGCUGUUGUUAUAGAGGUAGCCAACCAUGCCAAUGACACCAUGAAGCAAGGAGACAACUUUCAGAAACUUAUGCAAAUUCAGUACAGCUUAAAUGGACACCAUGAAAUUGUGCAGCCUGGUCGGGUUUUUCUCAAAGAAGGAAUUCUGAUGAAGCUGUCUCGGAAAGUGAUGCAACCUCGAAUGUUUUUCCUGUUUAAUGACGCCUUGCUAUAUACAACACCAGUGCAGUCUGGGAUGUAUAAACUGAACAACAUGCUCUCACUGACUGGAAUGAAGGUCAGAAAACCUACCCAAGAAGCCUAUCAGAAUGAAUUAAAGAUUGAAAGUGUAGAACGUUCCUUCAUUCUCUCAGCCAGUUCUGCCACAGAAAGGGAUGAAUGGCUAGAAGCGAUUUCCAGGGCAAUAGAAGAGUAUGCCAAGAAAAGAAUCACCUUCUGUCCUAGUAGGAGUCUUGAUGAGGCAGACUCAGAAAAUAAAGAGGAAGUUAGUCCUCUUGGAUCGAAGGCUCCUAUCUGGAUUCCUGAUACCAGAGCCACAAUGUGUAUGAUCUGCACAAGCGAAUUUACUCUCACUUGGAGACGACACCACUGCCGGGCCUGUGGAAAGAUUGUAUGCCAAGCUUGUUCAUCUAAUAAGUAUGGCUUAGAUUACCUGAAAAAUCAACCAGCAAGAGUAUGUGAACAUUGUUUCCAAGAACUGCAGAAAUUAGAUCAUCAGCACUCCCCUAGGAUUGGAUCUCCUGGAAAUCACAAAUCUCCUUCAAGUGCCUUAUCAUCAGUCUUACAUAGUAUUCCAUCAGGGAGGAAACAGAAAAAAAUCCCAGCUGCUCUCAAAGAAGUAUCAGCAAACACAGAGGAUUCUUCUAUGAGUGGCUAUUUGUACAGAUCAAAGGGCAAUAAAAAACCCUGGAAACACUUUUGGUUUGUCAUAAAAAAUAAAGUACUAUAUACAUAUGCUGCAAGUGAGGACGUGGCCGCUUUGGAGAGUCAGCCUUUAUUAGGAUUCACUGUUAUUCAAGUUAAAGAUGAGAAUUCAGAGUCUAAAGUAUUUCAGUUACUGCACAAAAACAUGUUAUUUUAUGUAUUUAAAGCAGAGGAUGCUCAUUCGGCUCAGAAGUGGAUAGAAGCAUUUCAGGAAGGCACAAUAUUGUAGCAGUAUUGGUUUUAUCUCUUCUGUGAUUCCAAAGAGGUGGAAUUUCAUCAGAAUGGAGUAAAUGCAAUUCGAAAAUUGUAUAAAAAUGAACACUGCCAAGAUAAAGCCAACCAGACCCUUCAUCAAAGAAAUUGUUUUGUUAGGUAUAAGCAAUUUUUAAAAGGUGUUUGUUUUUUCAUUUAUGUUAUUUAUUAAAAUUUUGAUGUUUA